CUCCUUAGGGACGCAGCGUGCGAGCUGCUUAGCGCGGGCUGCGGGCCAGCGACUUACCCCCGGGGGCUCCAGCGCAGCGUCUCCAGGGGGGAGCGAGACACCUUCCCCAGCUGAGCCAGAUGGCGGAGCAAACGUGCGAGGAAGAGGAGCUGCAGCAGCACCGGGUGCCUCUGUUGGUGACCCCUGUGCCUGAGGUGCUGGGAGAUGUCCUGAGCGAGCAGUUUGGCCCCCUCCCUUUCAUGGCAGCCAUCACCAGGAUGAAGAGGCAGCCCUCUGGGUACUACCUCUCCACCGAGAACCUGGAGGAGGUCUUGGAGAGGAGACAGGCAGCUAAUGCCAAGGAGAGAGAGAGGAUAAAAAACUUGAACAGUGGCUUUUCGAAGUUGAAGACCAUCGUGCCUUUGAUACCUAAAGACCGGAAGCCUAGUAAGGUUGACACGCUUAAAGCAGCCACUGAAUAUAUACGCCUGCUCCACUUGAUUUUGGAAGAAACUGGAGGCUUUGAGAAAUUGGAAGACCCUGUUGAUCAGGAGUUAGCCAGCAGCGUUUCCAUGCCAGUCUCCUUAGAGGAAGGUUUUGGGGGAAAUGCCCUGCCACAGAGCGCCAGCUGUUUUAUCAGGACUGAAAACGACAUGAGCGUACCAUGGACAAGCAAUGCAGCGGAGAGCCCUGUGUACGUGUGGGGCCGGAGCAUCCUUCCUUCUUACUUGGGGAUUGUACAAAUCCAGAAAAAUGGAAGGCUGGUGUAUCAAACAAAUCACUAAAAAGGCCAGCUUUCCUGACUAGGCUGAAGUAACUUCACUUCUUAAAUCUGCUCCAAGUUAUGGUCUCUUAACCACACUGUCUUUCAGGUGUCAAACACUAUGGAUUCGUGGAUGAUCUUCUUUUCAAGUGAGAUUUAAUGAAAACUUGAUUUUCCCGGGAUGGGUUUUUUUUUGCUUUACGAAAAUUUUAUUUAAAAAAAUAAUCAAUAAACUACCAGAAGCUGAGUAUUCUCUCCAGCUUGUGGGUUUUUUCACUCUUGAA